CGGCGCGUCGGCCGGUCAGUCCGGUGGCUGGCGUCGAGCGGGGCGUGUCGUGGCGCGAGGUGCGCGGACGGACAGUGCAGUGGGCAGGCAGGCCGUGUGUGUACGACCCGACACCAGCCGGAUACAGCCUCAGCCCAGAACUAUGUCCGCUCAGAUGACUUCUAGAGGUUGAUGGCGGCACAAGUGCAGGCACCGAGCAUGCACCGUCGUCGUCGCGUCCGUUGGAAGUCUGAUCUCGCCACUCUCGCUGCCGCCGCGCCAUGAAGCUGUACCCGCAAACAUCGCCCGACUCAGUGCAGGCGUGGAGCCAGGAGGACUUUGGCUACGAGCCCACUGACAGCAAGGCCGGCCUCCAGUCGGCCCUGGACACCAUCUUCCGGUCCCAGUCGCCCGUGCCCAGCUCCUCGUCGGCACAAUGCGCCGCCGCCUCGUCGUCCAGUUUCGCCGAGCUGAAGCCGGUGCCGCCGCUGAAGGCGCUGACCCAGUGCGACUUUGUGGGCAGCUCGGUCGAGCCGGCGGGAUCUCCCGGCGGGUACUACCCGGCGCCGGAGCCCGGCCCCGGCACGCCCGACCUCGUGUCCACCACGACCUCCGGUAUGGGUGAGCUGCCCGAGGCGCUGCCGCUCAAAACUGAGGUCACCGAGUCGGUCAUGAUGAAACCGGCCGAGACCUGCGGCAUCGACAACUACCUGCCCAACGACAUGGUCGACGACGACUUCGCCUCGAUCAUCGGCACCGCGAUGGUGGACCCGCAGCUCGCCGUGCCGGAGAGCAUGGACCUGGGCAGCUUCACCAGCAGCGACAUGCACGACCUGGAGGCGUGGAUCGAGGGCCAGUCGCAGGCGCAGCUGCGGUACAGCGCUGCCAGCUCGGCCGGCCUCGGCGGCCAGCCCCAGCAGGUGCACACCACCGUCCCCUACAGCACCUCCAGCCCCAUGCUGCAGAACCUGCUGGCCGGCAACGGGUGCGCGCCCACGUUCGCCAGCAGCUCGGCGCGGCCGCCACCGCCGCCCGGCUACGGCAUGCUGCACAACAUCCAGCUGCAGCAGCGGCUGCAGCGGCCCCUGGUCACCUACAGCCCGCCCAGCUACUCCAUCGAGCCGCCCAGCAGCAGCAGCGGCAGCAGCGGGGGCAGCAGCGCCAAGAAGCGACGGCCCAUCGUGUCGAUGCCGAUCGCCACCGAAGGCACCAAGGAUAAGUUGGUGCACCGAUGCACCAUCUGUAACCGCGGCUUCCUCAACAAGUCCAACAUCAAGGUCCACCUCCGCACCCACACCGGCGAGAAACCCUUCAAGUGUGAGACGUGCAAUAAGGCGUUUCGACAGAAAGCACAUCUCCUCAAGCACUACAACAUCCAUAAGCGCAUCAGCAGAGACUGACCCCAGCUGUGCGCUAGCGGCCGGCGACGGCGCCGAUUGUGCGAGGCGUUCGCGGCGCUUCCAGUGCUCGUUCGACACUCGUGGCGCAGUGUGCCGCGCCUGCGCCAGGUUCGUCUCUCGGGCGGCGUGCAAUGCGGACGUGAGCGGCGCGCGCGCGCUGCGCGUCCAUCUUUCAAGGUUGUCUCGGCGCACCGCGGGCCGGUCGUCGUCCGGCGGAGAAAGCCCGGCCGCCCACCGCCGCCGCGCCGCCGCCCGUCGACCCACUGGCGGGUCAGUGGCUCCGGCGGCCGCGCGGCGCCACCUGUCACGCGCCGCACCGGGCGCAGCGCGCCGCCGGGGCUGGCCCCCUGUCUCGGAGGAGGCCGCGGUGACCUGGCAGGGUCCGGCGCAGGGCCGCAGGGGUUAGGGAACGGAUGGCAGGCGAGUUUUGGUAAACGACCGCGCGCCGGUCGCCGCCGCCGGCCGGCUAACACCAAAAGUGUUCUGGUUCCCAAGUGGGUCAGUCGGAUCCAGCGACUGGUGAAUCUGGGUCGACGUUCGGCGGCGCGGCGCGGCGGCAGUGGCGCAUGCGCGGCUAGGAGCGGCGCAGUCGGGCGUGACGUCACCUGGUGUGUCAGUGGAGAGAGGGCCGGAGGAGCCGGACAGAGGGGUGGACGCCGUCGGAAGCCUGCGCUGGGAACGGGACCGGUGUGCGUGCGACGAUCGACGAUCGACGAUCGCGCGACUGACGGGACUGGUGACCGUGACUGACGGGACUGGUGAUCGCGACUGACGGGGAGUGGUGCUGACUGAAAGACUAGACUAGCGUCGUACCUGAGCGGUCAAUUGAGUGGUCUUUUUUUCUUAGGGCUCUGUUCUUAGGUCUAGUACUGACGGAAUCAUUGCUCUACGACAGACUGAAAGUCUUAAACGAGUAUGUACGUUUUAGGUACACAUCUACACACGCGAACCGACUCGCGCUCAUCUAAUGCAUCUCGAGUAUCACAUCGACGACUCUAAAAUAGCUGGUUCAUGGGGGUUUCACUGGCGGCGCGGCGCGCGGCGGUGCGGCGGCCGGGCCUCGCCGGCUGCCCAGUCCGGUGGAAAGCGGACGUCCUAGAUCUGUGUGACACUUUGGGCCGCCUCGGAGCCGCCGCCGGGCCGGGCCGGGCCGGGCUGCUCGGGCUGACACCGGCGGCCCGGCGGCGCUCCGGUGUGACGGGUGCCACCGGCAGCGGCCGACCGGCGCUCCCAGCGCCCUCUGGCGCCGCGCAGGGGGCGGCCGUGUCGUGGCCAGCGCCCGCAGCGAUCUGGGUCAAAGAACAAAGCCGGGUGGCGGCCCGGCCGGCCGCGGAAGCCACCAACGCCCGCUGUUGUCGCGGGCGGGCCCUGGGGCUGGCUUACAGGGGCGGCGAGGCGUUACGGGACGUAGGAGCGUUACGGGGUGGUAGGGGCGUUAGGGGGUGCGCGGAUGGCCGCGAGGGGUACUGGAGUGGACCUGGCGCCCGACUGGCUCGCCGGGUAGCGUCCGAGUCUCAAAGGUAUCCGUAUCCCCGCUGUGACCCGCCCGCCCGGCAGCGCUCGCCGCCCGUCCCCCGUCGCCCGCAGAGUCUGCAAUGUCCGUCUCCCUGGCCCGUCGCCGGCCAACGGCUUGUGAUACACACCGUGGACGACUUGUCGAUAUUUAUUGAUGCCUUGUACGCGCCACUCGCGCAACGUUUCCGUCCCGCUGCCUGUACAAACGGUUCCCACCGCCGCGGGCGCACGUGCGAGCCCGCGGCGCCUCCGUCCGCGCCGCUCGCCCCUUCGGCCGCACCGCGCUGUUGUUGUGUUGUUCUAAGGUAUUUCGUCUAUUUAUUUCCUUGUUUGGCUGGGUGCGGCGGUGAGCCGCCAGUGAGACUGCGGUGAUGAGAGGCCCUCGAAAGCGGCACGUCUGUCCGGACGCUGAGCUGUUGUUGAUUUUACUUGUUGCAAUGACCUGUGCUGUUUUGUUAAUGUCGGAUCCAAAGGUAAUUUUUGGAUGUUUCGUCCUCCGUGUUUUGAGUGUGUCGGUUACUGCGAGUACCUAUAGUUACCAGUAGAGGAGGGUCUUUUGAUGUGUUCGUUUUAUCAUCACCUCAAGAUACUUUAUUGUGAAAGCCUGUAAUAAAAUGGAAACACAUUC